CGUCCGUCGCUCGAUUUCAAAAGAGGUGUCAAAACAACAGCGCUCGUCUAGCACAGACGGCUGAGGAAAAAUGUUUAUCUGCUUUGGUUUGUAUGCUGAAAUCUUGAUAUUCUCUUCCUUUCUGGUGGCUAUUGUUUUAGCCCUUGUAGUACCCAGCAGGGACACAGGAGAGGAGCAACCCUUACCGAACGGCACAGCGCCGGGCUCCGUUCCGUGUACCGACGACCCGCUUAGUGCGAGCGGUGCGGAUGGCAGGGUUGAGUGGGAGAUAGGAGAGGAGGAUGACAAACCGACGGAUGGAGAGAGUGAAAGAGAAACGGAAGGCGACGACGAAAUGUUGGGCCCAGAUGAGGAGUCCUCGGCGGAGGACAGCAUGCCUGAACUUGAGGACAUCGCGACAGCAGCUACAGAUAUCAGUCUGAGCGAACAACAGAAAGAUGCUGCAGACGACAGCACGACGACGCCUGGGAACGAGAACGGCACAGAGAAGGCAUCAGAAGGCGAAGAUGCGGCCAAGGAAGAAAAACCUGACGAAGACCAGGUAAACGAUAAUUGCGGAGGGGCAGAAGAAGAGCAAGAGAAAGACAGCCCCGAUGCAGUGAAAGAAGAAAGCGAUCUUGUACAGGCUGCUGCAGAGGUACAAGCAGAUACUGAAAAUGGCGAGGCUGGAAAAGAGAAGGAACAGGAGCGGACAGAAGCCAGCGCGCCGCCGGAGCCUGUCGUUGCUAAGAAAAGCGGCACCACCAAAGUACUGAAGAAGAAGAAGAAGAAAACGCGCAGCCAGCCGCCCAGCAUUUUUAGCUGCCCGUUCAUGACGUCAGAAAUGAUGGAGCCCAGCGAACAGAGCCGCGGGCCGUGGCGGCGGAGAGAGCGAGGGAAGCCGAAGGGCGUCUACGGCCUCCUCGCGGAUGGCAAGAGUAAGGCGGACCGGGAAGAAGCCACGCUCACGGAGGCACCACAACACGGAGCGAACGGUGAGGAUCCGGGUAAGGAAGGAAACAUCGGAGAAGAAGAAAAGAAAACCACAAGCCCCGUCCCAGAUAGCGACGACGACGUGAAAAAGGUGAAGGAAGAGAUUUACGAAGAGGCGUGCCCACAACGUAAGGUCUACAAGGAGGCUGAGCGAGGCAUGACUGACGAAGACAGGGAAACCGAAAGACGGAUUCAGCGGGAACAACUGGCGGCCAUCUUUAAAUUGAUGCAAGACAACGAGGACAAAUUCGGCGUCCAAUCGUACGACGACGUGGAAGAACAGAUGAAGUUAUACAAGACCUAAAAUAUUUUACUCAAACACAGCGUUAGAAAAGCUCGUUGAGUGUUUAAAACGUUGUUGCAUUGUUUUAGUUGCUAAGUGGUAUUUUUAAAUUCUGUCCAUGUUCUUGUGCCAUAUCUAAAGCAUCCCAAUGCAACUUUUUUUAUCAUAUCAAGGAGGUUAAAAAUGUUCAUUUUGAAUCCCCUUGCUUUUACGAAAAAUUAUCAUUCCCAAAUAUUCUCAAGUAUAAAAUUUUUUGUAAUUUCAUCUAAAAAUGUUGUUGGCGGUCCUUCCAAAAAAGCCAUUGUAGACGGUGGUCUAAAAAUAACAAAACCUGGUUUGUAAAUUAUAGGCUUAUCCCAAAAUAACAGCAAUAAUCAAAAUGAAAAUAUUUGACGGACACGUAGCCACUUUUCAUUGGUCGAGCCGCUAUAAUAGCCACGCUAUCAUUGGUUGAACCACUAAAUUGUGCUGGACAGUUAGGAUCUGUUCAUUCAGUACCAAGGACAGAGCUUUAUAUCAUGGAAGGAUAGAUUUUUAUCAGUAACAACUACCAUGUGGUGUUUGUGUUGUGUAAGUACAGUCUUAAUAUAGGAGCCAAUUUUAUCUUGGUAAACAUGGUAAGAAAAUUUAAACAUACACAACACAAGAAAGGUACAGUGUCAGUUAGAUUUCCUUGUUCAAACGCAAAGAUAAGUUGCAGAGGUGUGAGAUGGAUUCAAGUGUUUUUUGUGCGAAAUAUUCAUGUAAGUAUUAUCCUAGUAAUGUAGUUCUAUUUGUAUGCUGAAGAAGAGAUUUGGUUGUGAUAUACCAAGGAAAAGUCGAUCUUUUUUUGUUUUCAAUUAAACUGUAUCAAUGUGAACGUUUGUUAUCCUUGAGUUUCAGUGAAAACUUUGGCUGGUAGUCAGUCUUAUUUAAAGUUCAGAUACCAUUGUUGUCUUUCAUAUGAUAAGGUCUGGGAAAACUAACAGUUGUGUUUCUAGCCUCAUACCUGAAAAAAA